AGUAAAAAUAAUAUUAAAUAUAAACAAAGAGGGUCAUUUAUUCUAUUUUUUUUCCAACACGGCAAAUAUAAAUAAAUCAAACAUAUAGUCAUAGUGUGUUAAUGCAUUAAUUGAAGAGCAUGGAAGGAGAAAGAAGGAAGAGAAAAAUAUUGGAAGAGGAAGAAGAAGAAAAUGAAGAUGAAAAAAUGGAGAAGUUCUUUGCUUUGAUAAAGAGCACAAGAGAUCUACUAUCUAAACCAAAUAAAAAAGUUGAUGAAGAAAAAAAGGAAAAGGGUAUUUGGAAUCCAACGUUUCAAAUAGAAGAUUUCAUUGGUUGUGAAGAGUUAAGAAAGAGUAGUAAUGUUUCUGUUGAUGCUAAAGCUGGUUCUUCAUGGGAGAAAGAAAAAGAGGUUUUGAUGAUAGUAGAGAAAGAAUGCGUAGAAGAAGCAGCUGCAACAACUUUUGCAGCAGAUGCAUCAGAAGACCAAAAUGAAGAGAAAGAGAAAACAAGUGAUAAUGGUUUAGACUUGAAUCUUUCUUUGUAAUAGCACCAUACUAUAUCAUGGAUUCAUUUGUAUUUAACAUCACCAUUUUAGAUCCAAUGUAUGUGUGAAAAUUAUUACUUGAA